GCUGAUAAUGACCGUGCUGGUGGUGUUGAUAACGAUCGCACUGGUGUUGAUAAUGAUCGUGGAGGUGGGGGUGGUGGUAUGUGUAGCGGUGGUAGGUAUAAACUGGUUCGGAGUUCCGUCAUUAACUUGUUGGCCGUCAACCACAAGUUUAAUUUUCUGUCGAAUCGAUUGAAAAUAUCGCCGGCCAAUGACAGCCAGAUGUAUAUAGGGACUAAUGUCGGUAAGGUGGUACGCGUUUUCAGGCACAACUACAUCAAAGCCAGGCCGAAGUAUUACCAACCAUCUUACAAUUACGUCGGUGAAGUUAGCAGUUUUGAUGUGUGUCCUCUUGAAGAAAAUCUCGUAAUCGCAGCAGGAAAUAACCUGUCACAAACAAACCUUAGCGUAUGCCAUACGUUGGAGUCUCUUUAUAUUCGAAACCGGGUUCUAUACCGAAUCUAUACCGGAUCUUUUCGGGAUUUGUACUAUACCGGAUUUAUGCUGGAUUUUUUUGGGUUCUAUACCGAAUCUAUACCGGAUCUUUUCGGAAUUUAUACCAGAUCUAUACUGGAUCUUUUCGGGUUCUAUACCGAAUCUAUACCGGAUCUUUUCAGAAUUUAUACCGGAUCUAUACUGGAUCUUUUUCAGAUUCUAUACCGAAUUUAUGCAGGAUCUAUACCGGAUCCAAACCAAAUUGAUGCCAGAUCUUUUCUGGAUCUAACUCACUAA